UCAGCGAUUGGUCGGUAGUAAAAUGACGUCAACGCGGCCGGCGAGACAGCCAGUGACGCGCGAGUAUUCCUGGAAGGGGCGUGCCCUGCCGGCAUGGUUAACCGGCUUCUCCCCUCGCUGCUUCACAUUCGGUCUGAGGGACUCGAGCCGCGGCGCCACUUAUUUACUUGUCCCCGUCUCUGUCUCUCCCCCCGGCGCCAUCAUGCUCGGCCUGUGUCUGUACGUCCCCGUGUCCAACUGCGACCCGGUGGAGGUGGAAUACUUCGAGUCGGACGGACUCCCCUCGGAGCUCAAGUCCGUCUUCAACAAGCUCAGCGUGUUCUUGCCGUCCCAGGAGUUCUCCACCUACCAGCGAUGGCGAAAGAAAACCUUUAAAGGGGAAGAAAAUGACCCAGAUGGACAACUGGACUUUGAGGAGUUUGUUCAUUAUCUGCAAGACUAUGAGAAGGACAUGAAGCUUGUGGUGAAAAGCGUUGACAGGAACAAUGCUGGCCAAGUGGACAGUAGACAGUUCAUGCAGUCCCUCCACGACCUGGGAGUCCACAUCUCCCUGCAGCAUGCAGAGAAGGCCCUUAAAAGCAUGGAUAAGAACGGAAUGAUAACAAUCAGUAGUGAAGACUGGAGCAACUACACGAAGGUGGAGAAGACGGAGAACAUUCCUGAGAUCAUCCUCUACUGGAAACACUCCACGAUAUUCGAUGUGGGUGACAACCUGAUGGUGCCUGACGAUUUCACCAUUGAGGAGAAACAGACCGGGAUGUGGUGGAGGCACCUGGUCGCAGGUGGAGGAGCUGGAGGCGUUUCCAGGACUUGCACGGCUCCCCUGGACCGAGUCAAAGUCAUGAUGCAGGUUUAUGGAUCUCGAACCAACAACAUGUGCAUCAUGGGUGGACUGACGCAGAUGGUCAAAGAGGGCGGAAUGAGGUCUUUGUGGCGAGGCAACGGUGUGAACAUCAUCAAAAUUGCCCCCGAGUCUGCGCUCAAGUUCAUGGCUUACGAGCAGAUUAAACGUUUGAUCGGCAGCGAUAAUCAAACUCUGAGCAUCUUGGAGCGAUUUGUCGCAGGAUCUCUGGCAGGAGUGAUGGCCCAGAGUGCAAUCUACCCCAUGGAGGUCCUGAAAACCCGUCUCGCUCUGAGAACGACCGGGCAGUACGCUGGAAUCUCUGACUGUGCCAAGCAGAUUUUUAGGAGAGAAGGGCUCGGUGCGUUUUAUAAAGGCUACAUCCCCAACAUGCUCGGCAUCAUCCCCUACGCAGGCAUCGACCUGGCAGUUUAUGAGACGCUGAAGAACAGCUACAUGCAGAAGUACGGCGCCAACCGCUCAGAUCCCGGCGUCUUCGUCCUCCUCGGCUGCGGCACCGUGUCCAGCACCUGCGGUCAGCUCGCCAGUUAUCCCCUGGCUCUGAUCCGAACCCGCAUGCAAGCACAAGCAGCGACAGAGGGAAGCCAGAACGUGACCAUGACGGGUCUCUUCAGGCAGAUCCUGCAGAGUGAGGGUCCGACUGGGCUCUACAGGGGCCUGGCCCCCAACUUCCUUAAAGUCAUCCCCGCCGUCAGCAUCAGCUACGUCGUGUACGAGCACCUGAAGACACAGCUGGGAGUGACAUCACGCUGAAACCCAACCCCACAUAUCUAUAUCAUGUGACUUUAAAAGCUCAAAUGACAUGUGACCCUCACCCAAACAUGCGCCCCACCACCCCCCCCUCUCCCACGGCUCAUGCUAGGGAAUCCCGGGGACCUUCUGGUCUCUCUGGGGGUUCGUGGAGCCAUUUCAUUCUGUGAAUGUCGGCUGACGUCCGAAAAGUAAGGACACUGAACGUCGGAAAGGCCGAAGUGGAGGAUAUGGACUCUGUGAGCUCAGGUUGUCAGGAUUGUGACUGCUGCUAUUUAUGUUUUAAGAGGUCGUAUGGUCGAGCUGGAACAUGAGGAACAUGAGUGGCUGUAACUCAAGGACCAAAUGUGUUUGCUCUUUCUUCCAUUUGCCGUUUUGAACCAAAUGUCCACUUUUUCUUUUCUUUCAUGUUCUGAUGUGAUGUUUUGUAGGUUUCUUUUUUUAAAUAUGCAUCACCAGCAGAACAAGUUAAAAAGAAUGUUCAGUGUUCAAGGCAAGCAGAGCAUUAAUAAGUGUCACUUAAUGAAAAUAUUUUUUGCACAUGUGAGUUUGCUCUCCCUUCACCUCUUUCCUGCAUGAAUGGAUCGAUGACGUGACUUUCUGAAUGACUUUAGAGUAUUUAUUUCCACCCAUCCCGUAUUUAUUGUUUUUUUAUUUUCUUGGAGAGCGAGUCGGUUCUUUCAGGUUUCCUGUCUUAAGAGCCAAAUGUGCAAUUGAGAACAGUUUUAAAACGCAGUGCGACUGAAUUUAGGGGGGAAAUAAACACCAGACAACAGCCUUAACGUGACUUCAAACACUACAUGUAGUUGUCUGGUGAACUGUUGAAAACAGAGGUUGGAGCUUGUGCUCGUUUCAUGUGGCUGUUGUUUGCACCAGCUAAAAGUUUCUAGUUGCUCAAACAGCUUCAGAUUGCGUCUGUUAAUGUGUGUAGAUUUGUUUGUGCCCUUUUUUUAAAAAAAAAAGUAUAAAUGUCUUAAUGUUCACCUCAGGUUGAAGGGCAGAUUAUUGUUUAAUACAAAGAAGAGCACACUAGAUUCUUGUUUCACAUUUAUACUCAGAAAAACAAGGGCUUGAAGAAGUUGAGCAACGUUAUGCACUUUAAUCGAUGCUGGAACAGCCUCUGAAUCAAUGUCACUUCAAUCCAGGUAUUUAAAUUGUCUUUGUUAUAGUGUUUUAAUGGACCAUUUUCAUGCAAAUAAAUGCAAAUUCUUGUCAGAA